AUGCUUGCAACCAAUCCUAUACGCUGCGCUUGGUAUCCCCUUCGGAGCAGUACACAAUUUCGCCUACCUAGGACCAUCUCCAUCACCGUUUCUUCGAUCCGUCUUAGUGGCAUAUCGCCACUGUUCCGCCUGCCGAGCCUGAGGGAACUCACAUUGACCUCGUAUGAUUUCUCUUUCGAGACCUAUCUGCAAGCUCAACAGUCGUCGGCAGAAGAAAUACAGCUAUGGGCCUGUCCGGCUAGCACGUCGCCUAUUGAGACAGUCGAUAUUUUCUGCAAUAUUCCUGCAAACAUCGUUGCCAUCAUGUUACAAUCCGCAGCCUGCCUCAAAUCGUUUCGUUAUUUCGGCGACCUCCUCCGCUUCCAAGAACCGGCCUGGCUCCGCGACGUUGGGGCAGCCUUGAACCAACAUAGAGCAUCUCUCGAGAGUAUCAUUUUCGAUAAGCUGAAGUACAUUCCGCUCAGCAAUGCGGGAGCAACCGUGUCCUUGGAGCCCUGGCAACUCAAUGGAGCUUUCCCUAAUCUCACGCGUUUCAAUGGGCCUUUGUACUCGCUACUAGAGGUGGAUAGGUCCCAGUGUCCGAAUCAGCUCGCUUUGCUAACAACUAUUCUCCCGCCAACGCUCGAACACUUGCUACUUGAGAUACCACCGUACUGGGACCCGAGAUACCUCAUCGAUCUAGAGUCGUCGUGGAAUGUGCUGCAUUUUCCGAAAUUAACGAAGCUGGACAUUCGCUGCUCGUGUAUGACUCCGGCGGCGCCACCGUUCGUGCUGCUUGCUCUGGAGAAGUUCUUUGCGAAGAUCGACAUUGCAUGUAGAUUUACGAUUGAUUUCUAUCGUUCGGGCAUGUCAGAGCGAAUCGAAGAAAUCGCCGACAGAAUUCGAGCUAUGGGACCGGCCGGUGUGGAAUUGGCUGCACAUGUUGACGACGGGAUAUUAGAUGAAGAGCCCUGGGAUGACGAGUGGUAGCCUUAAAGAUUGCUUUA